AUGAAGAACACAAGAGACUUCACAAUGUUCUUAAUAUCUUUCUUCAUGAUAAUGUUCUAUUCAAGAGGUGAAUUAUUAUCAUCAUCACCAUCAUCAGAGUCUCAUUCUUUUUUCACUUUCCUUAAAGCUCUUGAUUCAAACAAUGUUCUCGACAUCACCAACACAUCAAAUCCAUGUUUUAACAACAAGUUCAAUGGUGUAACAUGCAACUCAAAUGCUACAAAUAUUAUAGAGAUAAAACUUGAUAACAUGAGCCUCAGUGGCAUAUUUGAUGUAGACUCAUUAUGCAAACUCCAAAACCUUAGAGUUGUUAGUUUAGCUAAUAAUAAUCUCAAAGGGAAUAUUUCAAGCUCUAUUUUGCACUGUACAAGUUUGGUUUCUUUAAAUGUAACCAAUAAUAAAUUAAGUGGUAGGUUACCAAAGGGUUUGAAAAGAUUGAAAUGUCUUAAGAAUUUAGAUUUAUCUAACAAUAAUUUUUCUAGUAAUUAUAUGGUUCAAAUUAGUAAGCUAGAGAGUGAAAUUGUUGUAGAUAGAAUAGAACCAACACCAAGUUCUUUAAAUUCUAAUGAUAAAUCUGAACAUGGAAAGAAAUCAUGGUAUUCCCAUAUUGAGAUUUUGGUUGGUUUAGUUUUGGGAAUUGGGUUGCUUUUAUCAUCACUAUACUUUAUGGUGAAGAAAUCAUCUAAAUUAAUGGGAGAGAGAGAGGUGAAGAAGAAGCGUAUAGUUUCUCCUAUGAAAAAGGUGACAAGUGAAGUGAGAUUAAAAGGGGGUGCUAAUAGUAAUUCAGAGCUUGUGUUCUUUGUUGAAGAUCAUGAAAGGUUUAGUUUGGAGGAUUUAUUAAGAGCUAAAGCUGAUUUGAGAAGUGAGAACUUUUGGAGUAGUCUUUUUAAGGUGAAACUUGAGAAUAAUGUUGAAUAUGGAGUGAAGAGAAUGAAGAAUUUGCAGGUUUCUUGUGAUGAGUUUUGUGAAAUCUUGAAGAAGAUAAGUGAAGUGAAACAUCAAAAUAUUCUCCCUCUUGUUGGUUAUCGUUGUACAAGUGAAGAAAAACUUAUCAUUUACAAAUAUCAAAGCAAUGGAAGCUUGCUCAAUCUUUUGAAUGAUUAUAUAGCAAAGAGAAAAGUUUUUCCAUGGAAACUUCGUCUCGAAAUAGCACGUGGAAUUGCGAGGGGUUUGGCCUUCAUAUACAAGAAAUCGGAAGAAGGAGAGAUCAAUAUCCCUCAUGGAAACAUCAAGCUAUCGAAUAUUCUUCUUAAUGAAAAAAACGAAGCAGUAAUAAGCGAACACGGUUUAUCAAAAUUCUUCGAACCAAACCGAGGAACUACUCUCUUUUCCUCUCAUGGACACAUGGCCCCCGAAAGAAGUUUAACUGAAAAAGGCGACGUCUAUAGCUUCGGAGUGAUUCUACUAGAACUACUAACUGGACAAAGCACAGAAGCUAGUAGAAUCGAUCUCGUUAGAUGGGUGAGAUCAAUGGUGAGAGAGGAAUGGACAGGAGAGGUUUUUGAUAAAGAGGUUAGAGAGAAUGAUCAACAAGGUGCAUUUUCAUUGUUGAAUAUUGCUCUUAAGUGUGUGUCUGGUUUACAAGAAAAUAGGCCAAAUAUUGAAGAGGUUUUGGAGAUAAUAGAGGGGGUUAUGAAUGCACAUGAAAAGCAAGAGUUGGAAGUUUCUGCUUCAAAAUGUUGUUCAAGUGGAUCUAAUCAAGAAUGUUGUUCACUUCAUCAAAUCAUACCUGAUACAUGGGAUUCUCCUGGAUCAAAUUAUUGA